GUCUGCAAAAAACGAAACUGUCAGGGAUGUUGCAUAAAUAAAUAAAUAAAUAAGUAUAGUGCAAACACGAGUGUUGAAAAUCAUGAUUUAACGAGUUCCUAUAAUAUUCGCUAUUGCUUAUGGGCAAAAGUGAUUCUGUGAUUUUUCAAGUUUAUGACCUUAAUCAGAAUAUAGUAUGAUGGCUGAAUUAACUGAAGCAAAAGUGUUCUUCAAUGAUCCAAGCAUGCUGAACACACUACCACCUGAUGAACCUCAGGAAUCUGAGAACCUUCUCAACUCUGAAACUGAAACAUUGACUCCUGAUCAAGAAAUGAUGAUUGAUCAAUUAUUGUCAGCUUCCAGUGAAUCUCUGGAGCCUCAGAAAGACCUUACAAAAGAUGACAUGUAUUCAAACAGUAAUGAGGAGCAACAUGUUGAAAGUCCUACUACAAGAGAGACUUAUACUUUUAAGUGUGUUUUUUGUGACAGAGUAUUGACUGCUGUGGAUAGUCCAAAGUUGAUGGAGUGUUUGCAUAAUUCUUGCUCUAGUUGUAUCAGCAACAGAUUAUAUGAGCCAAAUGAUGGAAUGCAAGCUCAAGUUGAAUGCCCUUUGUGUAAUAUAUCAUGCGAUCCAACCCGUAUAAUCGAUAAUCAGUUCCUUUUGGAACUCUCAAAUGAUGAACCAACAAAAAAUACAGAUAUGAAAUGCAGCAACUGCUCUGACGAUGUUAUGGCGACAAGUUACUGUACAGAUUGUUCAGAAUUCAUUUGUGAUAAUUGCGUGCAAGCCCAUCAAAGGCUGAAAAUAACAAAAGACCACACAAUAAAACCGAAAGAAGAUGGUUUGAUAGAAUUGAAUUCCAUGACAAAUGGGGGCCCAUCUAGUCUAUUUUGUUCCAACCAUCCACACGAAAAACUGUCUUUGUUUUGCGAGACUUGCGAUCAGCUGACAUGCCGUGAUUGUCAAUUGAUUGAACACAGAGAACACAAGUACAAAUUCACUAACGAAAUCGCAUCAGAAGCAAAAAAAUUCAUCUCGGAAAUGCUCAAAGAUGUAGGUUAUAAAAGGGCCCUACUCACUAGCGCUAUGAAAGUUAUAGAUGAUAGACAAAAUUUGAUAGCAGACAAAAAGCAAGCUCUCGUUAAAGAAAUCACUCAAUUGGUGGUCAAGUUAACUAAUACUAUCAAUGUACGGGGUAAACAGCUAGUGGCAAAAUUAACGGAAGUGUGUGACUCGAAACAAAAGACAUUGCAUGAGAAGAAAUCGGCACUAGAACAACUAUCAAAAAUGACAGACCACUGCAUUCUGUUCACUCAACACGCUUUGUCAAACGGUAGUGAUAUGGCGUUGUUGUACAGUAAAAAACAGGUGACCGAACACUUGAAAAGGAUCAAGUGUAAAAGAGCUGAUAUCCCCAAUCCGGAAAUUCCAGUUAGGAUACAUUUGGCUCUGGACAAAGUUCCAGAUUUGAUCAAAGUGAUGUCGACCAUCGGCCAGAUAGUCGUCGACGGCCGCAUCUACCCCUCGCAGCCGCCGUCCCCGGCGCCGCCCGCGCUUCCCCCUUUGCCGCCCCAGCAGACCUGCACGAGUCCCGGGCAGCCGGUGCGCCCUGCCCAGCAGCCGUCGCCGAUGCGCAUGAGCCCGCUGCACCAACUGCCCUCGCCGACGGGUUUCCAGUCGCCGAGGAUGCCCGGCCCGCCCCCGCCGCCGGCGUACGGGCAGUACCAGGGUGGGGGCAGCGGUGGCGGUGGCGGGCAGUACCAGGGGCAAGGUAUGCAAGGGCAGAGUAUGCAGGGACAGGGACAGAGUAUGCAGGGACAGGGACAGAGUAUGCAGGGACAGGGGCAGAGUAUGCAGGGACAGGGGAUGCAGGGACAGAGUAUGCAGGGACAGGGGAUGCAGGGACAGGGGAUGCAGGGGCAGAGUAUGCAGGGGAUGGGGCAGCAGGGGAUGGGGCAGCAAGGGAUGGGACAGCAAGGGAUGGGGCAGCAGGGGAUGGGACAUCAGAAUAUGGGACAGAAUAUGGGUCUGAAUCGGAUGCAAGCGAUGGGCCAAAUGGGACCGCCUGCUAUGAACAGUCUUCAACAAGCUCUGCCUCUCACUUUGACCCAGCAGCUGAAUAUGAACAGGAUCCAAAGGCCGGUAUUGCAGAGAGCUCUCAUGCCGAGAAUGGCGAUGGGUAUAAAUCAACAGCAACAACAGGUAUCCUCAUCCACUCACCCGCAAGGCAUGUUGCACGAUCGCAGCAACCUGCGACACCUGCUGCAGCCCAACAACGGCAACGCGAGCAACACCAACAACAACCACGUGUACAUCCAAACGGGCCCCGGCCAGUACCAGGCGAUCCAGCCCCAUCUGGCGCAGCACCUGCAGACCAGGUUUCCCGGCCAGCAGCAGAUCAGGUUCACGCAGCAGAAUAACCAGUCGAGAAUGCUGAUGCCAGCCCAGCAGACUAGAAUGCCAGUGCACACUCAGAGGCUCCUGCAGUACCCACCAAGUGGUGGGGUAGCAAAAUGGCAUAUUCCUCAGCAAAAUACCGCACAUGAAGUCCUGGCUGCUAACACCAACCCCAACAACGGCGCCGGCAACCGCAACAUGACGCUGCCCACCAUCAACGACAACUUCAAGAUCACGCUGCGCCAGCAAACGCCCACCGACCCUAACAAGAACCUGCCGGCCGCCGUCACCUCCACCAUACCGAAGACGCCGAGCCCCAAUCACUGCCAGGGCAAGUCGGACACGGAGCGCAGCCUGGACAAGUUCUGCGAGGAGUCGGUCAAGGAUCUCAUGGCGACUAUCGCCAAGCUGGAUUCCAAUGGGGUUCAGGUGCUGGCGGAGGGACGACAGAAGGGCGGCUCGCCGCACGUGGACAGUUCGACGGGCGAUUCGGGCCCGGCCGGCGCGAAGGUCAAGUCGGAGCUGUCCGAGGCCAGCAAGGACGACCCGAACGAGGACUGGUGCGCCGUGUGCAUGGACGGCGGCGAGCUGGUGUGCUGCGACAAGUGCCCCAAGGUGUUCCACCAGUACUGCCACAUACCGAAUCUGCGGGUCGAGGAGAAUGACACCUGGCAAUGUCUUUUGUGUAUGAAUUUCGCCGAUAUUCCUGAGAGCAUUCUGUCAGAGAAAAAAGAAGGGGAACUAAGUUUGAAAGAGAGAAAAAUUGCCGAAAGGCUGGUUUUGGAAUUGUACUGUCAGUACGAUCCUAGUCUACCUUUCAGAGAAGUUAUCGGACCAGAGAACGAAGAGUAUCAUUCUAUCAUAAAGCAGCCAAUUGCUUUAGACACUAUAAGACAAAAAUUGAAUUGGAACGCAGAGAUUCACUACAGGAAUAUGGAGGAUUUAGUGAGAGAUGUGCGAUUGAUGUUCAAAAAUGCCUACACCUACAAUCCAGUGGAUUCUCAAGUUUAUCAGGACGCGAAAGCGCUAGAGAAAUUUUUCGACGAACAGCUUGAAAAAUUCCUUCCAGAAUACGCCUACAUGUUCGAAGAGGAUGAGGUCCAACCCCCUAACAAGAAAUUUCGGAGGGUAAUUACCGACUGACAAAUUGUCCAUGGGGCGAAUAACACCGUUUACUUCUCCCUAUAACAUUGACUUGCGCAUGGUAUUCAGGAAAGCUUCAUCGGUUGGUGAAAUUGAUCGUUUUCUCGAAACAAGUCGGUUGGAUUCAAUAUUGUUAUUCUUUAUCAUAAUCUUUUCGGCGUAUGUAGUUUGUACAUAUAAAGUUAUUAGCGAGAGUAUUAUGAACAACCACACCUUUUGGUCAGUAGGAAAAGACAGGCAUUGAUUGAUGGCAUAAAAGUUCUGUUCAUCUCACGUUCUAGGAAAAUAAAGAAUAUGUACGUAGGGCCAAGAUGAAGAAAAUACUUAAUGGGUAACAGUGGUCAGAUAGUGAUGAAAAUUUUCUAAAACAACUCUAAAGCGAUUAUCCAGAAUAGGUUAGCUAAUAAUCAUGAGGUCGACAUUCUUAAAGGACCGCCAGUAGACCCCAAUAAACUC